UAGCAAAAGGCAGAGCAAGCAGUGUGUGUCUUAAGGUGGGGGGGGGGGUGGAUAAUUCUGCCACAGAUGAGUUGGCUCCCUGAAUUCAGUUGCCAGCUCAUGUCCAGGGGACCUUAAUACCUGGGACCAAGACGUUUUACUACAGCCUUGCCUUUGCAGGGAGUUGAGCUCACCAGGAACCAUCUGCCACUUCAGACCCCUUGCUGCUACCUGCCAGGUGGCCUCCACCACUGAGAAGAAAUGAUGUAUUUCCCAGUCUUCCUGGACCUCUCCCAGCAAGUUCCUAUGCUCAGUGGUGUCUUUUUCCUCACCCAUCUGACUCUUCUCCUCCAGCCUGUAGAGCUGAACUCAGAGGAGGUCAAGGUCAUAGGCCCUGGGGAACCCAUCCUGGCACUUGUAGGGGAAGAGGUGGAGUUCUCAUGCUACUUGUCACCAUACUUGGAUGCCGAGGAUAUGGAGAUCCGCUGGUUCCGGAGUCAGACCUCUGAUGUGGUGCACCUGUACCGUGGUGGGCAGGAGCUCCACAGCCAGCAGAUGGUGCAGUUCCAGAACAGGACCAAACUCAUCAAGGAUUUUAUCAUGGAUGGUAUGGUAAACCUAAAGCUCCAUGGUAUCAUUCCUGCUGAUGAGGGCCUGUAUGGAUGCCGUUUCCUCUCCACCAACUUCUCCAGGGAAGCGAUCUGGGAGCUAGAGGUAGCAGGGCUUGGCUCAGACCCUCACAUCUCCCUUGAGGGCUUCAAGGAGGGAGGCAUUCAGCUGAGGUGCAGCUCCAGUGGCUGGUACCCAAAACCCCAGGCACAGUGGAAAGAUCAUAAAGGACAGUGCCUGUCUCCAGAGAUGGAAGCCAUUGUCCAGGAUGCCCAGAGCCUGUUCAAUCUGGAAACGUCCGUGGUUGUCCAAGGGGAUGCCCACAACAAUGUGUCUUGCUCCAUCCAGAACUCCUUCCUGAUCCAAAAGAAAGAGUUCACCAUCCAGAUAGCAGACGUAUUUUUACCCGGAAACUCCCCUUGGAAGAGGGCUUUCCUCGGGAUUCUGGUGGGCCUGUCGCUCCUCCUGGCUCUCCUCGUGACUCUGGCGCUGUACUUCUUUCAGAAGCAACGGAGGUCCCAAGAAAAACUGAAGGAGCAGGCUGACAAGGACAAAGAGAUACUCACAGCGAACUUGGAGAGGCUUCAGACAGAGCUUGACUGGAGAAGGGCUGAAGGCCAGGCUGAGUGGAGAGCGGCCCAACAAUAUGCAGUGGAUGUAACCCUUGAUCCAGCCUCCGCCCACCACAGCCUGGAAGUCUCCGAGGAUGGCAAGAGUGUGUCCUCCUGCACAGCAGUGCCUGGCCCUGUGAUGGGAGACCCCCAGCGGUUCUCUGAGCAGACGUGUGUGCUGAGCUGUCAGCAUUUUUCUGGUGGCCGCCACUACUGGGAAGUGCAUGUUGGCAGGCGCAGCCGCUGGUUCCUGGGUGUGUGUUUGGCCACAGUGCCACGCAUGGGGCCAGCACAACUAAGCCCGGCCAGUGGCUACUGGGUGAUGGGGCUGUGGAACCACAGUGAGUAUUUUGUCCUGGACCCGCACCGCAUCGCGCUCACCCUGCGUGUGCCACCACGGCGUGUGGGUAUCUUCCUGGACUGGGAGGCAGGAAAACUGUCCUUCUUCAAUGUGUCAGACGGCUCCCAUAUCUUCACCUUCACCGACACCUUCUCAGGGACACUCUGUGCGUAUUUCAGGCCCAGAGCUCACGACGGUGGUGAACACCCAGAUCCCCUCACCAUCUGCCCAUUGCCUGUUAGAAGAACAUGCAUCCUUGAAGAGGAUGAGAGAGAUGCCUGGUUACAGCCCUAUGGGCCCUCGGAUCCCACCCUGGGCCUGUGGUGAGGCACUCUCUUGCCUACAGGUUUGAGUCCUUGGCAGCUUCCUAGAUACCUGGCUGGGAUUUGCUCUCCCACUUCCUCUAGAGUGGAGGAAACAUCACCAAAAUGUUGGCAAAGGCUAAGGACUCACCACGGAGAAGAGGAACAAAAAGAGGAACCUUUGUCUAUAGAUGUAUGCAUAUAUGUAUGUGAUUUUCUUUAAUGAAAAGAGUGAAUUCCAAAGCUCCUUUGUGUAUAUGGUAGGACUAAGCAAAGGAGGAACAAUAAAUUUAUGUUGUUGGGAGCCAUGGCGUGCACUGGAGAUCAGAAAGAAACAGGACUGGGGGAAAGGUAGAGGGAAACUUUACUGGAUUGGAUAAGAGGUAUCAAUUAACAUAUUUUUAAAAAAUACUUUUUGUAUGUGUUUUCUAGCUCUAAAAUGUCUAGAAGCAAUGAUACCUCAUAAACAGUGAUUUUACCUGGGGCUUAGAUCCCAGUUUUAAAUGACAUUUCCCACUGAAAUGAACUUGGAGAAACGGCUGAUUCCAGGGUUGGAACAGAGAAGGUACAGGUGAAUCUGGAAUAUCUUGUAUUCAAAUGUGCUCAGAAAGUGAUAAAGCCAUAAGAACCAGGGUGAAGAGGCUCCACUGAUCAGUUAUGGGAUGAUUUGAACUUUCAAAUGAAUCAUGACAAGGAUGAAUAAUGACAAGAAUUGCUCAACAAGAUAUUUCACAAAUAAGAAAAUGCCUUAUGUGUGCUGAGAGGUUUUUCAGUCAGAGAUGAAAUACAGAGAUAUGAAAGAGGAAAGAAGAAAAUGUAAGAGUAGAUCUGUGAACUCAUGGUUUUUAUAAUGUACAGUUAGAUGGAGCACACAUACACACACAAUAAAUAGGUAAAUAGA